CCAAGGGUCAUUCACUUGAUUUCUGCGCCUGCCCUAGGAUGGUUGGUGCCUCUCUGAUCUCUGGCUACUCACAGUCUGAACAUUGCUGCCUCCCUUGAAAGUCAUCUGAUCUACUUUUUUGGCCCUCAGACGCCAUGUCGAGCUCCAAGCAGCGCCUCAUUCAGGGGAUGCAUCAAGACCUCAGCUGCCCCAUCUGCCUCAAGCUCUUCCAGUCUCCCGUGACCACAGAAUGUGGGCACACCUUCUGCAAGGACUGCCUGUCCCAGGUGUCCAAGGAAGAGGACAGCAAGGCCACCUCAUGCCCCACCUGCCAGGCCCUUACCAAGGUGGAGCAGCUGCGCAUCAACCAGCAGAUGGAGCACCUGGUGGAGAGCAUCCGGCAGGUCCCCCAUGACCACUGCGAGGAGCACCUCGACCCCCUGAGCGUCUACUGUGAGCAGGACCGGCAGGUCAUCUGUGGGGUGUGCGCUUCCCUGGGCAAGCACAAGGGGCAUAACAUCAUCACUGCUGCUGAGGCCCACCAGCGGAUGAAAAAGCAGCUUCCACAGCAGCAAGUCCAGCUGCAAGAGGCCCAGGUGCGCAAGGAGAAAACUAUUGCCCUGUUGAACCGGCAAAUAGCUGAAGUGGAGGACACAGUGUCUCGGUUCAAGCGUCAGGUGUCUGAGCAGCUGGGUAUAAUGCGUGCCUAUCUGGGGGCUCUGGAGGGUUCUCUGGGCCGGGAAGCAGAGCGAGUGCAGCACCAGGCCACAGACGCUCUGCAAAAUGAGCGCAAGACCAUGACUCGCUACCUGGAGCAACUCAAGCAGAUGGAGACUGUGCUGGGGGAAGUGCAAGACGAACCCCAGACUGAGUUUCUCAGGAAAUACUGUCUAGUGGCUAGCAGAUUGCAAAAGAUUCUAGGGGAGUCCCCACCCAUGGCUCGCAUGGACAUCCAGCUCCCCAUCAUUUCAGAUGAGUUCAAGUUCCAGGUGUGGAGGAAGAUGUUCCGUGCACUGAUGCCAGGACUGGAGAACCUGACCCUUGACCCAGACACUGCACAAGCCAAUCUUGUAGUGUCAGAGGAUGGCAAGCGAGUGGAAUGUGUGGAUCACAAACAAGCUGUGAACACAGAUGACCCGCAGCGUUUUGACAAGAGCAACUGUCUGGUGACACACCAGAGCUUCUCACAGGGCGAGCAUUACUGGGAGGUGACGGUGAACGACAAGCUCCGCUGGGCCGUCGGCCUCAUCUCGGCAGAGGCUGGGCGCAAGGGCCGCUUGCAUGCCAUCCCGUCCAAUGGCUUCUGGCUGGUGGGGUGCAAAGAAGGCAAGAACUACGAGGCCUACAUAGAGCAUAAAGAGCCGCGGCCACUGAAGCUGGAGUCAAAACCCAGCCGUAUUGGCAUCUACCUCAGCUUUGAUGAUGGCAUCCUUGCUUUCUAUGAUGCCAGUGAUGAAGACAACCUGAUGCAGAUCUUUGCCUUCCAUGAGCGUUUCGCAGGCACUGUCUACCCCUUCUUUGAUGUCUGCUGGCAUGAUAAGGGCAAGAACUGCCAGCCUUUGGUUAUCUACACUCCAGAACCAGAAGGGCAAUAAUCACCCCAUUUCCUGGGAAUAGUGGGUGGUCUUUACAGCACCCACUCACACUUUAGCAUAUCAGCACACUCAGUCACAACCCCUCUUUAGAAGACCCAAAGUGUGUAGAGUCUAUGUCCUCCACAGUCAUACUCAAUUCUAAUUCCACUCCAUAUUCUAGAAGAUACCCAAAUUGUGUCCACGUACAAUCUGGUGGAACAGAAGCUUCAAACAUAGGACAAACACAGAAUCCAGCAUCAGGUCUGGAAUCCUGCCCAUCUUAUUGGUUUAGAAAGUAAACCUUUUCUGACCUUGUAGUUGGCAAAGUCAAACUGAAGAACAUGGGCAGUGUCUGCAGAAUGAGAAAGAAGAGGAAUGCCUGAGCAUGCUUCCAAACUGUCUGUCAGGGGAUGGGCAGUGGUGGCCUGGACAUUCCUCUAUUCUUCAAUCCCUCCCACUGUACUGGCCCUUUUAACCUAAACUCCAUCCCCUUCCUUCUAUACAUUUCUUUCUGUUAACCUAAUCCUCAUCCAAAAUGUCCUUUAUUUGAAUGCACAAAAAAUAAAAAAUAAGCAUGUCCGUGCAAA